UUGUUCCGGAAGCCGCAGCAAAUCUGCUAUGGCGUGAACGCCGAAACUACAGCUACUUUCCAGCAGGUGAAGGAAUGUUUGGACGAAAUCACCGGUCUUUCGAACUCUGAGGUGGAGUUUUAUCAGAUCAACGAAUACGGUUUCGCUUGCUCAUACGGAAUCACGGAAGAGAUACAUGUGCUUGGGCCAGUGAAUUGCGUUUACGCCAUGGAGUUACCGACUUUGCCUGCAGGCACCCCUUAUGGCGAAGAGCUUAUACUGAUCGUGUGUAAUAUUGUGCAGUUUUCUGAUCGAAGCAAGCCGUUCAGACGGUUUGGUGGUCCGUUUGUUGUGAAUGUUCAGCGAGACAUACCGUACGACGAGCUUUUGAUGCUAAUCCUGAAAGAAACCCACCUCAGCUUGAAAAGCAAUGUUCAUCUGCAGGUAAAGAGAAUGGCGACCGAUUAUAAGACCGCCUUUUUUGCUUACGCCGUGUUAAUUGGUUUUUCACCUCAGAUUGUACUUUUGAAAAUGCUCGAUUUGUUUAUUUUGGACGAGUGUAACGAAUCUCGGUACAUCCCUCCAGACGUCGCCCUGCCGUUUUACGUAGAAGUAGUGGACAGAUUCGUCGUUUGCGACGAAGAUCCGGUAGCCGAACACCAAAGCGCAGUGGUCAUGAAACAAGGCAUUGGCACUUCCAGUACGCAGACGUUGAUCGACUGCAUCACCAGGUACACAAAGCCAGAGAUACUGCCAUGGUACUGUCCCGGGUGCCGUGAGUACAAAGAGGAAGCUGAAAAGCGUAUCCUUUUCUGUUGGCUACCUGACGUCCUCAUAUUUCAUCUCCAGCGCUUUAAGCAGGCCGAUUCGACGCAUCUGAUAAAGUUGGAUGCGCGGGUAGAAUUUCCCUUGACGGACCUUAAUUUGAAUCAGUUCACGAAUCAGAAUAGUGAUUACAAGGACGCUUAUAAACAGGCGGGCAGGAUUUCGUCUUUCGGAAAAUCUGGGUUUGGUAAGCUCUAUUCGAACUCGAGGGAAAACAAUAACGUCUACGACCUGUUUGCCACUUGCAACCAUCAUGGAGACUCUCCCGAUGCGGGUCAUUAUACAGGUAUACUGACAGUAAACUUUGGUAGUUUACACGAUCUUCAUGGCUCAUAGCA